GUUGACAUCAAUGCACUGUAGAUAUUUUUAAAACGUUUUAAGAUAAACACUUUUGUGCAAAGCAACCUUGUUUUUGACAGGGGAUGCUCUUGCCAAUCAAUCCUCGUCGUAUUUUUGCUGCUAAAGAAUUGUUUCCGCCCUUUAUCACACAAGGCCAAACACCUCAACUUGGAACAUCUGCUCACAAACAAUUGGUAACCAGAUAUCAAUUAGAGAAUAUAAACGGGAAAAAACCGCCGAGAAGAAAAUCCACUCUCUCCCCAUCCGCCCUUCCUUGGUUAUCUGGCCAAACAUCCACACCGUUCCAUCACCUCCCCCCACCCCACCACCCCACCACCCGCAGAUCACCCCGCAAAGCGGUCCAACACCCAUCGAUUCAGCCGGAAAAAAAAAAAAAAAAAACGAACAGAAGGAUACUCCCAGGUUUUCUUCUUUUAAAAUAUAAAAAAAUGACCGACUCCACAUCUGAAAGACAACCCUCAGGCCCACCGCCCUCAUACUCCGACGCCAGCGCCGGUGCAGGCAAAGGCAGUGGACGCACCCCGCUGACUCUCCCACGACCCCCCGCCCUCGCCCUCCCAACCCUAAUCGACCUGCGAUCCAAACGCGUAAUCCUAGCCUCCAGCUCCCCCCGCCGCCGCCAAAUCCUCUCCUACCUUGGCCUGCCCAACGUCGAAAUAAUCCCCUCCAGCUUUGCCGAAGACCUGCCCAAAGCCACCCUCUCCCCGCUCGAAUACUGCCUAGAAACAGCAAUCAGGAAGGCGCAGGCGGUCUACAGACAGGAAAUCGACAAUGAGGAAAAGGGCGAGCCGGCCCUGAUCCUCGCCGCGGACACCAUCGUCGUCGACCCCACAGCUUCCGGCGGCGCGCAGAUCUUGGAAAAACCCCGCUCCGAGGCGCAGCAUAUAGCCAUGCUGAAGUCGCUGCGUGACGCGGGCGACCACACGGUCUACACGGCCAUGACAGCGAUGGUGCCGUUGAAGAGCGCGCGCGAUCCCGGGUAUGCGCUGGAGUCGACUGUGGAGGCGUCGGUUGUGCGGUUCGAUCCGACGAUUACGGAUGAGUUGAUCUUGGCGUAUGUGCGGACGCGGGAAGGGGUGGAUAAGGCGGGUGGGUAUGGGAUGCAGGGGCUCGGGUCGAUUCUGGUGGAGAGGAUUGAAGGGAGUUAUGAUAAUGUGAUUGGGUUGCCGUUGCGGGCUACGUUGAAGUUGAUUGAGAAGGUUGUGGCGGUUGCGGAUGAUGAGGAGCUGCUUGGUGGGGAGGCGGAGGAGAUGGGGCAGGAGGAGGAGUUGGAGUAAGUGGGUACUUGUUAGAAGGUGAUGCCUUAUAGUUAUUUAUUUUAUGUCCCUUUCAAUUGUACGUGGUAUGCCUCGUUUGAUACUAGCGGAGCAAUGGCGCUUGGGGUAUGGAUGGGGUUAUUUUAUUUUAGUUCCAUUCGGCAAGAUCGUACGCUUAGCAAUAUGGAUAGGGUACAGACAGAUAGUGUUGGGGGUCCCGGGUUGAUCGGCCCUUCUACCAGCAGUGCGCUGGUGGUGACUGAGCUCUUUUGCCCCAGUAACCUACAGGUUAUGAGCCCGGCCGGCCAACAGAUAGACAUGAUAUUUUGACGUCCUUAUAUAGAGACAGAAAUAAAGGAAUUUUUACAGUAUCAGAGUGAGGCUGGAAUCUAGGGGAAGAAAUAAUGUACGUGAAAUGAAAAGAUGCGGGAAGGAGAAAAGAGAAAAGGGACAGUAAAAGGACUAACUUGGAAAGCUUUGAGAAGACAUCAUCAAAAACAAUACCCCUAAAAUCAAAAAAGGAACAAAUCAAUAUCGAAAAGGACAAACGAAAAGACUAAAUAAGAGAAAACAGAUCACGCUUUCCAGAUUCGCUUGAUGGCUUCAGUCACGCCAACAUCAUUCGUCUCGAACUCGUACAACCCAACUGCAACUGUCAGGGUCAUUACGCGAAGAAGCCAGUCGAACGCCUUCUUGGCUUUGGGAAAACGUCUCCCGGGGAUAUAAUCGAUGAUGCAAGCCCUGUAUUCCAAUGAAGAAAAAAAAAUCAUUACGUUAGAAUUGAA